AUGCAUGACCCGAAGAUUGUCUUUGAUAUUCAAGUCUUUGAUAUCAGAAAGUCCAUUCUGUCUGAUACAGGAAUCAGGUCUGUAGUGAUGUGACAGCUAUCCUUUAGAGCCAGCGUGGUGUAGUGGUUAAGAGCGGUAGACUCAUAAUCUGGUGAACCGGGUUCGCGCCUCCGCUCCUCCACAUGCAGCUGCUGGGUGACCUUGGGCUAGUCACACUUCUUUGAAGUCUCUCAGCCCCACUCACCUCACAGAGUGUUUGUUGUGGGGGAGGAAGGGAAAGGAGAAUGUGAGCCGCUUUGAGACUCCUUAGGGUAGUGAUAAAGCGGGAUAUCAAAUCCAAACAACAACAACUCUUCUUCUUCUUCUUCUUCUUCUUCUUCUUCUUCUUCUUCCUUUAGCAUUUCUUCCCAUUUCUUAUUCACCUAUUUUGGCACCUAUUGAAUGAAGACCUCCCUCUUCCAACACGUGUUCUAAGUGGGGGUUCAUUAUCCCAACCUGCAUCUGCAUUGAAGCUAUUUUAAACUGUUUUUAUACAUGGAAUUGUUUUUAAAUGAUUGUUUUUUUAUAGAUGAAAUUGAUUUAAUUGCUUUAUAUAUUAAACUGUUAAUAAUUGUUUUUAGACUUUUCUUGGGUGUGACUGUAAUGUAUCAGUUUUAUUAUUUGACAUCAGAGUGUCCUCCUGCAAUCCAGGGAGAUGAUUUUCGCUUCAGCCAAGUCAAAGUGCCUCAUGUCGACUCGGGGAUUCAUUAUUUUUGUCUACAUUCUGUACUUUUGCUUGAGAUAACUUGUUCCAGUAUACCUGAAAAAACAAUAAAAACAAUAUAAAAAGAACUUUCACUGGCACAUCUGCGUUCGACAGGGACACAGUUUAUCCCCCAGGCCAGAAAGUGUGCAGCUGCAGCAAAGCCAACUCCAGAUGAAUUGAAUUAUGUCUUCUUCGUAGGCAGAACAGUGGCCCAGGCUAACUUUACUUUCAGUUCUCUGAUCAUUUGUGCCUCUGAGGCUGCUUUCCCCACGUUUUACAGUGCAUAGCGCUCAACCGUGACACAGAAGAAAACAGACUGAAAUCCUCACGCUGGCAUUUCAUUUUCCAUGUUUAGCUUCUGGGCUCAAAUGAGUGCUGAAACUCUGGGAUUGACUGAAUACAGUGGUACCUCAGGUUAAGUACUUAAUUCGUUCCGGAGGUCCGUUCUUAACCUGAAACUGUUCUUUACCUGAAGCACCACUUUAGCUAAUGGGACCUCCUGCUGCUGCUGUGCCGCCGGAGCACGAUUUCUGUUCUCAUCCUGAAGCAAAGUUCUUAACCCGAGGUACUAUUUCUGGGUUAGCGGAGUCUGUAACCUGAAGCGUCUGUAACCUGAAGCGUAUGUAACCUGAAGCGUAUGUAACCAAAGGUACCACUGUAUGUGAAUGAUAGACCCUCCUUGGCUCUGAUACACUUCACUGAUGAACUUGUUAUAAUAAUAGUAUGGCCUCAAAAGAGCAACAAGUAAAUUGUAAACUGCUUUGGGCAUCUCCUUGUGCAACUUGUUUCUUUUAGCCCAAUUAUAUAGAUAGUCUGACGCAGAGUAGACCCAUUGAAAUUAUUAUAAUAUAUAUAUAUACAUAUAUGAAAAUGAUAUAUAUAUAUAUGAAUGAAUGAUAUUAUAUAUAUAUAUAUAUGAAUGAUUAUAUAUAUAUAUAUAUAUAUAUAUAUGUGAUUAUAUAUCUAUAUAUAUGAGAUUAACUUGUGCUCUUAAUUUCAACCAGUCUACUAUGGGUAGGACUAGCAUUGGCUACAAUCUAAUUUGUUUAAAUAAAAUGUGGGAAACUUCAUCCAUGAAUAAGCUGCCUCUUUUGUAACGUGUUCAAGCAGAGAAAGGAUGGUUUUAUGCUUCUUUUUUCUCUUGAAAAACAAGCUAGGAACAAUUUCUCCACUUGUGGAAUCACACCACUAAAGAUAUGUUGCUUUAAAACAUGUGUUGAUGUUUGUUUUAAUUGCUAUGUCAGGGUAAUUUUCAACUAACGUUUCAUUACAAGUUCAUUACAAAUUCAAGCCACGAGAGUCUGAUGUAAGAAAAAAAACCCCUCUCAAUAGACUUUCAUAGAGUUCUUUGGUUCCUUUAGGAAUAAGGAAUGCAUCUCCCUCUUUGCUUUCCAGGUCCAAAAACCACAUCACCACCCGACAUUUAAACAUUAUAUUUGUUAGUCUCCUUUAAGGUGCCACUGAACUUUUCUUUGUUUUAUUAGAGAAAUCCUUUAAAAAAAUGUUUAUGAGCACAUUUUAAAAACUGAAUUAUUUGCACAACAGACCAGAAUAUGUUGUGGAUGUUUUAAUUUAUUGGAUAAAUAUUCAUUUGAUCCAAACUUUUGCGCACAAGAGAAUACCUAGGAAAGAGCUCAGCUGUGAUUCCUAGGAAUCCACCUAUUGAACAAAAACUCCCCUCAAAUGGUCCUUUUCGAGGAUUCAUUCUGCUAAGUACAUCAGAUGAGAUCUAACUGACAAGCUUUGAAUGAUACUUAGCUGCAGUAGCCAUGAGCCAUAGGAGGAACUGAAUGCACACCUGAUCUUUGCGACCCACAGUAAACUAUUUAUUGCUUCAAUCCAUACACUGACCAUCCCUCCCACCUAUGAGCAGAGCCUUAUUAGGAUCAAAACAUAUGAGAUGGCAGGGGAUCUGUGAUGAGAUUCUCCAUGGGGCAUUUUUAGCAGCUGCAGAAGACUAAGGUUCUAUGGGAGAGCGGGGUCUUCCUGCUUUAACACUUCCCCCUGAAAAAGGUGUGGAAUAGGUACCUGUGUAUUUCUGCCAUAGGCAGAUUCUGCAAUCAGAAAGGAUUGAAAUCAGUGAAAUGAUGUAGGGAUGGAGCUAAAUCCCCCUCCUUUGUUACCACAGCUGCAACCUGAUUCAAUCCCCAAUCCCUCAGCUACUUUUAAAGGUAAAGGACCCCUGACAGUUAAGUCCAGUUGCGAACAACUCUGGGGUUGCGGCGCUCAUCUCACUUUACUGGCCGAGGGAGGCAGCGUUCGUCCACAGACAGUUUUUCCAGGUCAUGUGGCCAGCAUGACUAAGCUGCAGCGCACGGAAACGCCGUUUACCUUCCCGCCGGAGUGGUACCUUUUUAUCUACUUGCACUUGAUGUGUUUUCGAACUGCUAGGUUGGCAGGAGCUGGGACAGAGCAAUGGGAGCUCACCCCGUCGCAGGGAUUUGAACCACUGACCUUCCGAUCGGCAAGCCCAAGGCUCAGUGGUUUACACCACAGCGCCAUCCGCAUCCCUCAGCUACUUUUAACUUCAAAUAAACACGGGAUAUCUGAUCCCAGAUCUCGUCCUGUCUGCUUGCACCCCUAGCUUCUGCAAUAAACAUGAAAGCAUCGCAGAUCUCAGUAAACCUGUUAGAAAAUUUGGAAUAACAUUCGGGUGGUGACCUAAAUUUGGCUAUUGUAUAAGCUGCAUUUGUCUCCAGCCUUUUCCCCAAGGUGCUCCAGGCAGCAAACAUGCUAAACCACGUAUUAGGUUCACAACUUCCCUGUGAGGUAGUUUAGGCUGAGAGAGAUCAACUGACUUAAGGUUGCCUAGUGAGCUUCAAGGCUGAGUGAAGAUUUGAACAUGCCCCCCUCCCUUGACCAAAACCAGACAGAAAACCCAUCAUUGUGGUUAUUCCAUUUGCACCUCUGUUCAGCUUCUAAGUUACUUUUAGGGUUGCCAUAUUUUGAAGAGCAAAAAAGAGGACACAUUUGCCGACUUCUGCUUUUAACUAUGGAUCACUAUGACGAUUCUCAUUUUACAUACCCACAAAAAAGAAGACGUAUCCUGGAAAUAGAGGACAUAUUGCAACCCUACAUACUGCAACAAAAGGAGCCUUAAGACCUGCAGAUUUUAAGAUAUGGAAGGCUGGACUAGCACUUGGGUGUGCAGUUUAUGUAUUCUUAGCAAACAGCCUGAAUGGGGCACAGUAUAAUUUCCAAUAUAAUGUUCCAACACAGGCUAUUGCAGGAUUUUGAUGCUGUUGAAUACAGCAAACUGGACAAAGUAAAUACAGGUCAUCCGUCAAACUUGUAUGUAACAUUUUCUCGGCUAAAUUUGAUGACGACCACUUACAUUGUCUGAAAAUGACAGGUUUGGGAGGGCAAAAUGUGACUUCAGAUUACAUCAGACUACAUUUCCGAAACUGGGCUAAGAAUCUGACUAGUCAUGCUCUUCUUAACUUGGAAGCAAUGAAAAGACUGCCAUCUAGUGACAAAAGGGUAUUGAAAUGUUAAAAAUGCAUGCUGCUGUAUUCUUUAAUUGUUGUGGUGUUGUGUUUACUUUAUUGUAUUUACUACGUUUAUUAUAACUCUGGAGGCCCAGUUUUGGGAGGAAAAGCAAGAUAAAAUAAACUCUCAAGGCCACUGUUGCCCUGCAGCCAGGUGAGGGCAGUCUGUUUCAGGAGGCAGCUUUGAGGUGAAAACAGAACAGGUGUUUCAGAGGUGCAGCUGAAUUUAGCUUCUUCAGUAAUGAAGAACUGUCAGGUCUCUGGCCUUCUAAACGCUGACACUUAUAGGUGUCAUGGUAUGCGAUUGGACUGCCAAAUCCACAAAUGAACAGAACUGCUGUUCCCAGGUGAAAAGAGAAAAGGUUUCUUACAAGAUUUCCCCAUUCUCGUGUAUGAAACCUUUCAUCACACAACGCAUCACAAAUCUGUGGCCUUCUAUCCCUAAGGCUCUAUCAACCCUCCAUUGCCACUAUUGUUCUGAAAGGUUUUCCGUCCCUUUAAGAAUUGCACAACAGACAGAAAUUCGAAGGGUGGAAAUUCAACAGAAACUCUUCCAGCAUUUCGCCAGGAAUUCUAGGAUCUGUUCAUGCUCAAGCUAAGUUCCGGAGAAAAUAGCAGCUAGACUUCAGAUCUUGAGAAGAUUGUUGUGGCUUUAAGAGUCUCGUGACAGGAUAAAUGGUGCUGAAAUGGUUCCUAUAGCCCCUCUCGAGAGUUGCCCAUCUUUUGAACCUGGCUCCCUACUACAGCUGUGCAGAGGGGUAGCGUGGGGGUACAGGGGGGACAUGGCCCCAGGUGCACAUUUUUUAGGGGGCAUAAUCAGGUGCCCCCAUGAAGACACAGAGCCCUGGCAGCUGAGGUGUGGUGGCAGGCAGGUUGGUUUAGUGGGCAGGUGGAUGGAAGCAGCGGGCAAGGAGCCUGUUAGAGGAGGGCUCCGUUCACCCUCUGCACUGGCUAAAGGCCACAACACUUGCUCCGCUCCAGGCACCAGCAACCCACACUAUGCCACUGCAGCUGGGAAGAGAAGGCUUAGCUCCAUGCCAUGCUGAUUACUUAGCAGAGAAAACCUUUGUUAAAGCAACAGGAGCAAGCCAGGCUGGCUCCUUUCCUUCCCACCAUCAGAUGCUAUCCCUUGCUUGCAAACUACAUUUGUGUGAGGGUUUUAAUCCACCACUUCCCCCAAAACUACAAUUCCUAGAGUUCUGGGGUGUAGCGGCAGCCUUUAUCCAAUUGCAGAUGGAGUGAGUUGAUUUUUGUUUUGCGGCAUGGAUUUUGUUGCUGCGGUUAUUAUUACUGAUCUUCUCAAGCUCCCAUCAGGGUCAGUGUUUCCCAAAGUGAGUGAUAUUUCCCCCUGGGGGUGGCGCUGGAACAAUCCAGGGGCCUGUAGCAGCCUUGGGUGCAAUUGGGGGCCACUGAAUAAAAAUAAGAGGGCAGUGGAAGCGUAAAGAAGAGAAGAAAAUGUUGAAAAACUGUUCAUACAUGUUUCAUCUGUUGUGUAAUGACGUUUACUGCCAAGUCGGGUGCCAUUGCGGGACGGUGACAAUGCCCUCCCUUCAAUGUGUCCUAUUCAGGGCUGGAUUUAGGUUUGAUGAGGCCCUAAGCUACUGAAGCUAAUGGGGCCCUUUAUAUGUCCGGCUGUCCUUUGUCAACAACAAAUUGUCCCUGUUUUUUGUGUCCUUUGUCAACAACCAAUUGUCACUGUUUUAUGCUAUAUAGUAAUUUAUGGACCUAAUAGGUAUCUAAAGCCGUUUGCACAUGCAGAAUACACCCUAUAUAUAGAAAUGACCAAACCAGUGGUAUUUUAGGGAGCAGGCUAGCAGGCGGGGCCCAUUACUUACAUACACAACACAAAACACUGUUGCUGUAUGUUUUAUUUGUUUUUUAUCUUAUAUUUUGGAAAUGUACAUUUUCCCCUUUAAUUUUUUCCCCUUUAAAUUUUUUGGGGGGUCCCAAGAAAGUGGGGCCCUAAGCUGUAGCUUCUUCAGCUUAAACGUACCGGUAAAUCAGGCACUGGACAUCUUUCUUUACUAUGUGGUAGGCCUUAGGUAGAAAUAUAGAUACAUAAAGAACGCAAAUUUGUCACUGCAUCUUUGUUUGUUCGCUUAAAGAAGGUAGAAUUCUAGCGGGGCGCUGAGUAAUCCCCCCCCCGAAAAGUGGGCGGUAGUAAGCCAAAUAAGUUUGGGAACCUCUGAUCAGGGUGAUGGGAAUUAGUAUUUGCAUCGCUUUUUUCCCAACCACAAUCAUUGGGCUCAAAGCGGCUCACAAUGAUCUAUAAUUGCGUAAAAAACGAAACAAAACAAAAAACAGGCGUCGCUAUCGCUUUUACAUCAAACACAAUUGCAUAUACAGUACUGUAAAGCGAACAGCGAACUCAGCAGAACUUUUUGUGUGCGAGCGCGCGCACCGCAGAGCGCCCCCUCCCGGCCGAAGCGUCUGCAACGGAGCCCAGAAGCUUCUUAGUGGGCGGGCAGGCGGCAAAGGACAACAAGCCACUGACGGCAGCGGAUCACGUGACGCUGCGUGGGCCGAAGUUGCAACAGCUGGAGCGGAGCGGAUAUAGGCAGGAGGAGUCGUUUGCGGCGCGUGGCCGGGUGGGCGUCUCGCUGGAGCCUGGGAGGUCGCUGCUGCUCGCUUCCCGUGAGUGAAAGGGAAAGCCAGAAGGAGGAAGGGCGGGGGAAAGUUCCUUGUAAUUAGGGCGAUCAAUUCCUUAACAGAUAGCAUUCCCUUGCCUCCUGUUUCCAAGCGCCUUCCGUCUCCCCCUCCUUGAUUACCUGCGCGCGUGGAGCAGAUCAUUGCCGCUCUGCUGCUGUAAAUGCACUCUGCGUAUGCUCAGAGGCCUUGCUUUUUUGUGGGGGCGGGGAAGGAGCUGGGCCCUGAGCGCUGGUAAAACUAGGCAGUCGGUCCGUCUAGGUCAGUUUUGCUUACACUGACUGGCAACGGCUGUCCAGGAUUUGGGGCAGGAGGAGGCUCUCCCCAUCGCACUUGGAGGGAUGGAACCGGGGACCUUCCGCUUGCAAAGUAGAGGCUCCGCCACUCCUGUCUCAGGAGGUUGUUGCCAGGUGUGUGUGUGUGUGUGUGUGUGUGUGUGUGUGUAAGAGAGAGGAGAGAUCUUUGGAAGUAGCAGCCGGUUCCUUGGCUGGUAGUAACUUCCUAGUGUACUUUCUUCCUAUCAGUCAUACCGUCUUGACUCUGGGAGGAGGUUGCUGCUGGCUUCAUUGGUGCCUGUAUUCGCGUUGCAGCCUGGUGCUGCGGCUGUUUCACCAGAAUUAAGGCCACUGGAUUCAAUGAGGUUUAAUUCCCAGUUAAGUCUGUCGGGCUGUAAGGAGGGCUGCCCGUGUUCUGCUUGUUUACUCUGAAGCAAGUUCAGCAGGACUUUCUUCCCCCACAGAAAUGCACACAGGGCUUCAGACACAUUUAUUUGGAGUUUGUGUGUAUGUUUGCUUUAGAAGAAGCUUCCUUGCACUUGUCUUCUAAAUAGUGUGAUACUUGGCUACCUUUGUCACUGCUCAUUUCAUCUAUAAAUAGUCUAUUUUGAAGGGGGCAUUCUUUAUUUAGCACAUUAUCAUUAUUAUCAAACCGUCUUGCCCCCCAGCUGAAAUUUCCAAACCACCUUCAUAGGCAGCCCCAUGUAUAGCUCAUUGCAGUAAUAUAACCUAGAUGCUAACAGAAUGUAGACAACAGAAGUUAGUGUAUCCUGGUCCAAAUAGGGGUGCAGCUGAGUCACCAGCCAAAGCCGAUGGAAGGCACUCUGCACCACCAAUGCCACCUAAGCCUUAAGCAACAGCAAUGGAUCCAGAAGUUCCCACAAGCUGUGUACUUAUUCCUUCCACAUGUACAUCCCAUGAAACUUGAGGUGUACAGUACAUGGGAUUCUAGAUUAAAGGUAAAGGUACCCUGCCCGUACGGGCCAGUCCUGCCAGACUCUAGGGUUGUGCGCUCAUCUCACUCUAUAGGCCGCAGACACUUCCGGGUCACGUGGCCAGUGUGACAAGCUGCAUCUGGCGAGCCAGCGCAGCACACGGAACGCCGUUUACCUUCCCGCUGGUAAGCGAUCCCUAUUUAUCUACUUGCACCUGGAGGUGCUUUCGAACUGCUAGGUUGGCAGGCGCUGGGACCGAACAACGGGAGCGCACCCCGCCGCGGGGAUUCGAACCGCCGACCAUGCGAUCGGCAAGUCCUAGGCGCUGAGGUUUUACCCACAACGCCACCCGCGUCUAGAUUAGUGGUUCCCAAAGAGGGCAGUACUGCCCCCUAAGGUCGUUGGCGCUGGAUCAAGUUAAUCAAUUUUAUGGAAUUAGACCAAAUAAUUUUAAUUAGAUUUUGAAUAAAUGUGCACUUAAUUGUUACUGUUUUGAAUUUUAUUGUGUUACCAACUUCCUUAGUGGUUUAUGUAAACAGCUAUUAUGAAUAUUGUUUUUUAUGGGGUAGGGGGCACUGGGUAUGAAUUCACAGAACCACAGACACAUACUGACCAGAUCCAGACCACUUAGUAUUAGCAAGCUAACUGUAUCAUGCUCUCUCAGACUAUGCAAUUUGAUCAGUUUAUGGGGCAGCUUAUUAACUGCCUGUGUCUAGUCAAGUGAAGUUGAGGCCAAACUUUGAAGCUCAGAAGGCUAAAGCUGGCCACAAUCCACCAUAAGCCUCUGACCAUGUUCCUUCCUCUUUCAUGUGCUUUGCUGAUGGUUGCUGUUUAGCAGCUAGCUCUGUUGCAUGCUUAUUGCUAAUUGGAGCAAAUCAAAAGAGCACUGUUCCCGAAACAUCACGAGUUCACAAUUGUAUUUGUGGUGGAUGUUUCAUACUUCCAAACCAUCCUACCCCUGAACAAUUCUGAAUGACAAUUUUUUAAAAAAGUUUGUCGCUUCCCAUGUUUUUAGUGAAACAGUUUUUUAAUAACCAGCAGAGCAGUCCCAAAGGAGUAACAGGAGGGGGGGUGUAUGGGGGGCAGAGGGAGAGAGACUGGAAAUGCUUUUUCUAACUUACACCACCCUGGAGCUGUUACAGCUCAGGAUCUGAUGUAUCUCAGGCUGGCUCAGCCCCUCCAUCUCCCCAUCACCCCAUUUCUUAAACUUACUGUGGGCAGAAUGAUGGUGGCAUCAGCACUCUGUGGGUGGGGGCUAACAUAGACGUGGAGAUGUUAGCUGUACAGUAGUACCUCUGGUUACAAACACUUCAGGUUACAGACUCCACAAACCCGGAAAUAGUACCUCGGGUUAAGAACUUUACUUCAGGAUGAGAACAGAAAUCGUGGUGCGGCUGCGGGAGGCCCCAUUAGCUAAAGUGGUACUUCAGGUUAAGAAUGGACCUCCAGAACGAAUUAAGUUAGAGGUACCACUGUAUUCAGCUUUUAUCCCUUGAUGUCACUGGUUAUAUAAACUUGUCGUAAGUUUGCAGAUGGUGGGAAACUUGAGCUUUACAGCAGCAUAUCAGCCUGUCAAAACAAAUGCUGAAAUACCAUGCAAUAUAAAUAGCUUUCAAGAGCUUUUCAGUCAUUGAAAGGCUACUCUUAACACUAGUGUGCUAAGUGACUUGAGGGGGGGGGAUUGUUAGAACCCCAUAUAAAAUGACCAGGACUCUGUGAUCGUAACCAGAGGCCCUUCAUUGUGUGCUUCCUCCACGAGAUUUGCAGAGGGUGGCAGCAUGAGAACCGGCCUUUUCUGCAGUGGCUCCCUGUUUGUGGAAUGCUCUCCCCAGGGGGGGUACAGCUUGUGCCUUCAUUAUACUCCUUUAGGCGACAGGCAAAAAUGUUCCUCUUCAACCAGGCCUUUGGCUGAUUAAUAUUCUAUGGCCUUUUAAGUGUGUGUGUGGGGGGGGUGUUUUUAAUUAUUUAUUUUGUGCUUUUAUCCUGUAUCUUGUGAACCGCCCUGAGAUCUUUGGAAGAAGGGAGCUGUAUAAAGUUAAUAAAUAAUACUACUAAUUAUAAUAAUUCAAUUGUUUGUGUAAAUUAAAGGUUAACUAUAGAAGCACAGCAGCUAUAUAAUGCUGUAAAAGUGCUUUACAGAUCAAGAUUAUGUAUCCAUAGUCUUGUUCAAAGUAGACCUGCUGAAAUUAAUGAUCGUGGCUAAGUUAGGUAAAACUUAGUUGAAUACCACCCUAACCCUUUUUUAAGGCAAAGCAGCCUGUUUUAUGGGAAGUUAGGAUCACUAUAUAUAUCCCUUAAUUCAAGCUGUUACUGGUUUUCUUUAAUGGAAGUGUUCUCUUCCGCUUUGUCUCCAGUUACUCCUGCUGGGAUCCAGUUUUCCGUAAUGUAUCAAGAACGGGAUUCAGCUGCGCAAGAGGGUGCAAAUUUGAAGACGAUUGAAGAAGAGUACAAGGAAGCAUUUGUGUUUGUUAAUAAAGCCCUGAAUGCAGAUGAGCUUGGACAGAAGGAAGAAGCAAGGAAUUAUUACAGGCAGGGUAUUGACCACUUGCUCAGGGGAACUAGCGUCCCGUCCCAAGGUCAUGAAUGCACUGGAGACCGAUGGGAGUCUGCUAGGCAAAUGCAGCAAAAAAUGAGAGAGACGCUACAAAACGUUACUGCACGCCUAAGCAUUCUAGAUGAAAAUGCACAGCCUAAACCCAUUGCCAUGUGUCCUCCUUUGGAAGCGCCCAGGAUAUACCCAACAAUUCCAGCCAAAGAAAAGCCAGAGAGGCCUCCUGUACCGAAUUCACUGAUGACUCCAUCACACCUGGCUGCAGCAGGUGGAAAUGCUGGAUGUACAAGCCAAGGGCAAGCUGCUGUGAUGAGUCCUUCGUCUGCAAUGCCCAGUGAGGAACCCCCAGCUUAUACACCUGAGGCUACAGGUGGGCACUACACUGUGUCGUACGGAACAGACUCUGGGGAGUUCUCCUCGGUCGGAGAUGAUUUCUACACGAAAUGCACACAGCCUCCUCCUGUUCAGACAUUAGGGGUAGAUGCUGAUGAACUGAUCCUCAUUCCCCACGGGGUGCAGAUAUUCUUUGUGAGUCCUGAUGGACAAGUGAGUGCUCCCUCGUAUCCCGGAUACCUUCGCAUUGUGAAGUUCUUGGACACUGAUGCUGCAGCGGCCCAGAAUCGCCCCCCUGCUUUCCUUCAGGUAACUUUCACAUUUUGUUUGUGUUGCUGGCCACAGCUGUUCACAAGCUGUGAAAUGAGUGCUAACGGUUCUAUGACAUGAGUGCUAAUGUAUCAUUCAUUUGAAUCCACGGUGUUCUGUGCAAAAUGUUAUUUUGGUCUUCUCUUUUCCAGGUUUGUGACUGGCUGUAUCCUCUUAUGUGCAACCAGUCUCCUGUCCUCUCCUGUAGCACAGGAGUCUACAUGUUCCCUGACUUGAUGUCACAGGUGCCAGGGUCCUAUGUGGGAGUAGUGUUAUCUUCAGAACUUCCAGCUGCUGACAGAGAACUGUUUGAAGAUCUGCUAAAACAGAUGUCUGACCUCAGAGUGCAGGUAAACAGUGUUAUGCCACCAUCCAGAAUAAUUUCAAUGCACAAGUAUCACCGGGUGACACUGAUGAGCUGUUAAACUGUCCGCUUCAUAGAGCACUAUAAAUGAAUUUCAGCAUAGCCUCUGCAAGGAUUUACCUUUGGCAAUAUAGAGCAUGUUUUAUGGUGAGGCUGGGCAAUGUCUGAAAAUAAAUUUACCGUGUGGUGCUGUGAAGGGCAGGGCAAGUAGGCUGAUAAUGAUUUUCCUGCAGGAUCAAUUGAGCAGACGUAGAGAGGCAUUACUGCAGCUUGCAGUGUGUCAGAAGUAUCACAUCCAGUUCACUUGCUCAGAGUGCAACAAUGACUAAGCAAAAUCUUAAAAUGCUACAUAUAUAGGAAGUCUCUCUAAGAUAAUUAAGAAUCUGGUAGAUCACAGUUCAUUUGUGAAGUGCAGGGAAAGGUUAUCCAAGAGAUUAUCACUCUAGUAAACAAGGUCAGUAUUAAGAGCCAGUGUGGUGUAGUGGUUAAGAGCGGUAGUCUCAUAAUCUGGGGAACCGGGUGGUGGCAGUAGUUAAAUCCAAUUGGGACGGCAAAGCUGUUCCACUUGUGUCAUUUUAUUAUUAAAGGGCUCCUGCUGGUUGAAAGAAGGUGAUUUUGAUCUAUUCCACCUCCCUCUGCAGUCCCCAGAGCUACCUCAACGCUCCUCCUACCCCCAGGCCAGUGUGGUGUCGUGGUUAAGAGCGGUAGACUCAUAAUCUGGAGAACCGGGUUUGCAUCUCCGCUCCUCCACAUGCAGCUGCUGGGUGACCUUGGGCCAGUCACACUUCUCUGAAGUCUCUCAGCCCCACUCACCUCACAGAGUGUUUGUUGUGGGGGAGGAAGGGAAAGGAGAAUGUUAGCCGCUUUGAGACUCCUGAAGGAGAGUGAAAGGCGGGAUAUCAAAUCCAAACUCUUUUUUAAGAAGGUGGGAAAUCUAAACGGCAGGUGUUAGAGGGAGGCAUACCUGUAAUUAUAACAGCACAUUUUUAGCAAUAAUAAUAAUAAUAAUAAUAAUUUAUUAUUUAUACCCCACCCAUCUGGCUGGACUUUCCCAUCCACUCUGGGCGGCUUCCAAAAAAAUAUUAAAACACAGUAACCCAUCAAACAUUAAAAGCUUCCCUAAACAGGGCUGCCUUCAGAUGUUUUCUAAAAGUCUGGUAGUUGUUGUUCUCUUUGACAUCUGGUGGGAGGGCGUUCCACAGGGCAGGUGCCACUACCGAGAAGGCCCUCUGCCUGGUUCCCUGGAACUUGGCUUCUUGCAGUGAGGGAACCGCCAGAAGGCCCUCGGUGCUGGACCUCAGUGUCUGGGUAGAAUGAUGGGGGUUAAAACUAAUUACCAGAAGAAGUGAGAACAUUUGCCACUUGACAUGUUAAAAUACUUUCUAAUCUGUUGGAGAACUGGCCAUAUGGUGACGAACAACCUGAUCUUGCAAUUACUUAUUCACCUGUGGGGACGUUUACUAAUGCAUGAAUUCACCUGCAUGUGGUUCAUGAGAAGGAUAAUUCUUUCCACUGUGUGAUAUUAUUGUCUGAUGGUGUACAACAGUACCUAACAGAUUCCUUGUUGAGCCUUUGAACUUGUGAAUCUAUUAAUGUCCUUGAUAUGGUAUCACAGGUUCCAGGAUCCCAUGAGGGACUAGGGUUACCGUCCCAACGCUCAAGAUCUUACAAAGAGCUUUUUGAGGAUCUGUUUAAACAAAGAUCUGAUCUCAGAGCCAAGGUAAACUUCAGAGGUGGUGGCAAACUUUUUACUAAGCCAACACAUUUUAAACUUUAAGAAAUGGAAAUUACUUUGUUUUGUGGUAUUUAUUGAAAAAUGUAUCUGCCGCCAACAGUGGCUCUUGGAGAGAGAACAAAUAAUGAAAACGUUGAAGAUAUUAAUCAUGUAUACUAGAAGCAAUCUUGGUUCUUCAAGUGCCAGUCCUUAUGCAGCCGGAACAAGGCCCACCCACACAUGAGAGUAUCUGCAGGGUGGAGGGUCCCUGAGGUUUACAGAAGCACAAAAUUCUUUAGUGGACAACCUCUCCCCCCGCAAGGCCCAAUGGCUACUGUUGUAGUUCUCAAGUAAUAGAAUACGGUUGAGGUAUCAGAAGUUACCAGGGAUGAACCAAAAUAGAUGAAGGACACAGGCUAUGAGAAAUGGACCCAAGGCUGGAGAAAACUUCCAUUAUUUCAGGGAGAGCAGGUGUGAACUGAAGGCUAAUUAAUUCUGUUUCCGAUUUCUGGAAUAAGUGUGUGACAGAAGUUGGGCUUAACUGGCUCUGGCCUUUGUGCUGUGGUGGGACACAACCUCUUCUCCACUUCCCCAUCUCCAAAGGACACCCCAUAUUUUACAGAGGCUGACAAAAGGCUACCUAUCUGUUGAUCUCUGUGCUCCCUCCUCAUGCUAAUAGCUUCAAAGAAAAUACAGUCAUUUGUUAAAUCUCGUUUCCCACAGUGGCCAAAGCAGUAAACUGCUUUUAAGUGCUUAUAAACCUGGACAUGACAUUUUUACGAGUUUUUAAUUGUUGAGGAAUUAAUAUUUGCAAGAACCAUGAGGGAGUUCUAGAACAGCUAUGGUUAUUUAACUUAUUUAUUCCCUUUUAAAAAAAAUAAAAGAUAUCAUAACCCACAAUGUCACAAUCUUUAACACUGUCAAGAAUGUUCGAAUGGCUCGAAUUUUAAAGUACAGUACCACCCAGUUCAACAUAAUGUAAUGUUUAGGAAUAGAUGGGAAAAUGGGAACAAUAUUACGGCUGGCUUUGUGAGCUCUAGCUAACCUAAUGCAGAACUUCUUAAGAACUCGGAGUAUAUUCAUAGCAACUGUACAUAAUGGCAUGACUUUACAAAAUGGAUUGAGCUUUGGCCUGUGACUCACUUUAGUAGCUUAGAGGGGAUCAAUCAGAAAUACACACCAGUCGCUUAUAUUUGGUUCCUGCUGUUCACAUGAGUGUAGGCUAUUUUAACUCUCAAGUGUGUAUGUUAGGCUAUGCAGACGAAAUAGGAUGUUAAGUUAGAACCUGGAGCGGAUGUCUCAGGAUUGCUUUGGUUCACUUUAAUGCAGUAGUAGCCAUCCUGCUUAUACUUAGGGACUGAUUUUACAAUGUCAUAUUGUUUCAUAAAUGCAUAAAAGAUGCUACACAGAAAAUGCAAAAUCCAUGUCAGUUUUGCAUUCUAAUGCAAGAUCCUUGUGUUACUUGCUUGUGUGAAAUUUCUGUGCGGAGAAUUGAACCUUACUAAUUCCAAAGUGAUAUAGAAAGUCUGGAGCUGUGACGAUAACAUGCCUGUGAUAAUACCUUCAUUUGAUCACAUAGAUUAAUCCUUCAUAAUAAUCUAAUGUGAAAACAAGUUAUGUUUAAUGUCGUUGUUUCCAUCUUUGUUGUUGCAAUCUUUUAAUUCAUGGGGUGGUGUUUGGUUCCGAAUCCCAGAUAUUUUGCCUUUUAGCUUGGCUUCUUCUCUAAGAAAGGACCCAUCACAUGCUCAACUUUGUCUUGUUUUGGCAGUAACAAUGUGUAAAACCAAGAAAAAACAGAAUGAAUGCACUUUCGUUGUUUGUAAAUCUGUAUGGGGAGGAGGAGGAGUAAAUCCAGCCCAGCUCCCAAAAAGCUUCAUUCUUUCAGUCUUGCCGUCCUGAACAAAGAGAAGCAAUGUAAAGACACAUAACAAUACAGAAUGAGGAGAACUGUGUUUCCCCUUAAAAUGAAAGGGAGUGGUAGACUUGGGCAACUUUCCUUCCUGAUCAAAUAAAUAUGAACAUAUGCAUACCCUGCCUGUCUGUUGUGCAAAAUGUUCUCAAAGGCGAAUAGAGCAUUAACUAUAAUACAAAACCAUGCUAAUUAUAUUAACUGAAGUGAAAAGAAUCAGGGGUGAAGAAAACCCUAAUUAUCUUUCCAAAGAGGUACAUGUUGGUCUGAUCUCCAAAUGCCAAGGCAGGCGCAACAGUAAUGUUCCUGUGCAUGUAAAAUAGGCUGGAAUUAUGUGACCAGAAAUGCUAUUUUCUUGCAGAUGAAUAAAAAACUGAUGCAUUUUGCCUGUUGUUGUAAAACCUAUAAUUAUCUGCGAGAAGAUGGAAGCUUUAUGGUCACAGUGUGCAUUUCUUUGUUGAAAUGGUGGCCAAUUUGACAUUUAAUUGCUUUAUCUUAGCUUUUGAUCUUGCUGUAUAUAUAUGUGUGCUUCGAUCUUGCAGCCUGCAGAAGCUUCUAGUGAUGCGAUUAACCUGGCUGAGACUGUACGUAUUGAGCCAGCGUCUGAAGAGAGGGAAAGAGAGUUACCUGACUGGAGUGAGAAAAUGGCCCAUGGAAUCUUAACAGGUACCCUUAGGAUUGAUUCUCUAGAUUGAUCCUUGGUGUAAACCCUGUUCUGGUGUUUGGGCUUAAAGCUGUACUAACCAACAUGGUGCCAUUAAAUGUUGUUGGACUCCCACAAGCUGGUCAGCAUGUUCAAGGGUAGGUGUUGCAGCCCAACAACAUCUGAAAGACAGUGUUGGCUCCAACCCCAGCGUCCCCAUGCAAAUCUGCUCUGUUUUCCACACUCAGCAUGCAGAGGUUGGAAGUGGCGCUGGUGCGUGCAAGGAUUGUAGGGGGCAGGCUUUGUGCGGAUGCAACUGUCACAGUUUCCAACCCACCUGUCUCACCUGAAUUGGGCUAAAAUUGCUCUUCAUUCUGGCAGUAUAGUGAAAUUGUCUUCGAGUCUAAAAUCAUAAGCUAAACUAUUAAUUUCAGCCACUUCCAUAUUAUAACUUUGCAUGAGAAUAUAUUCUGUAAGAAAUAGUUUCGUUGUCUGUGUUUCCUGUUAUAUUAGUUUUAUUCAGCACUCAGGUAGCAGAAAACUAAAUGGUUCUACCACACAUUAUAUCAAUUACAUGGAUUGACCUGCGGUCAAGUUCUGCAGUCCAAAGGUUCCAUCUUGUUGAUAGAAAUAUUUUACUACUACAGUCCUUUAAUUACAUCCUGUUAAUAUGUCUGUGUUACUUUCAAGUUUUCAUUAGCUGCAGGUCUACAUGGCUCAGAAGUAGAGAGUAAAAGAAUGUAUUAUUAUUAUUUUAUUAUUAUUAUUAAUAUGACUUUUUCAGCAUAUUAAUUACAUGCAAUUUUUUGUUUAAGAGAAUUUGGUAUUUUUAUCAAGAGGCAAAGUUUAAAGAUAAAUAGUAAGUUAAUUCCCUGCCAGAUAGAUUCCCCAAAACCAAAUGGCAACUCAAAAUAAAGCUCUUGAGAUAAGCUCUAGAAGAUGUUAUAGCAGAUGUUUAAGCAGAGGCUUGACAGCCAUAUGUCAGGAGUGCUCUGAUGGUGUUUCCUGCUUGGCAGGGGGUUGGACUCGAUGGCCCUUGUGGUCUCUUCCAACUCUAUGAUUCUAUAGUUUGUCCAAUCUUCAGGAGCUAGACUUAUUCAGUAAUUAUGUAAUGGUUGCUAAAAACAACAACUUGUUCUUUGUUUUGCCAGUUUAGUGCAUGUUUGGGGAUUUUCAUCUGAAUUAUGCUGGUGGAUGAAUAAACUAGGGGCUGACUCGCAAGCUAACUUAAAUCCUGUUUACAUCUGAUGCAGCUCAAAGUGGUAGAAUUCUAGACUGCACCACAUUAGACUACUGGUUGGGAGGGGGAAUAUUUUAUUUAAUUCUCUGCCAUGUUGACCUGCUUGGCGUAAACCCACCCCUCUUUUUCGCCACAUGCAUGAAGCUCCUGAGGGAGAGAAAGAAAGAGCGCACAUUCAAACAUAUGAGGCACCCAGCGCAAUUGGUCUGAUAUGGUAAAGGUAAAAAGGUAAAGGGACCCCUGACCAUUAGGUCCAGUCGUGGCUGACUCUGGGGUUGUGGUGCUCAUCUUGCUUUACUGGCCGAGGGAGCCGGCGUACAGCUUCUGGGUCAUGUGGCCAGCUUUCCUAUUUUCACCAUUGCUGAAGAUGGAAUUGUAGCUAAUUAAGAGGAUAUGGGAGACUCAGCAGUGUGUGAGCUCAGGCUGUAUUUUUUUCAGCUUACUAGCCUGAACUUAAGUGGGUAGGAAAUGCUGUCCUAUAACAUGAUAAUGUUGCUGCAUCCGUCAAUCUGUUCUUGUUUCCUUAAAGGAGCAUCCUGGGUCAGCUGGGGCCUGGUCAAAGGAGCAGAAUAUACCGGGAAAGCAAUCCACAAGGGAGCUUCCAAACUAAGAGAGCACAUUCAGCCAGAGGAAAAGCCAAUGGAAGUCAACCCAACCGUAGCUAAAGGGCUGCAUGUAGCCAAGCAGGCUACAGGAGGAGCUGUGAAAGUCAGCCAGUUCUUAGGUGAGAUGUGAGCAACCACUUUCCUUGAAAAAGUAGUGACAGGAAUUGAUAAUGCUUUGUUUCUUCAGUCUUUUUUUUUUUUUUUUAAAUGGACAGGGAAUAAUGUUGGUUUUCUUUUUCAUUAAGUCCUCUUUGGGAGAGAAACGGACUUCAUCAGGUUUAGGCUCUUUUUUUAAAAAAAAUGCCUUAACUCGUAUGUUUUUAGUUAUUUACUCAUGUUGUUCAUAUGGGUUUUUUUUUACAUUUUGGAAUGGUUCGUUAUUUAUAUAAACAUAUUUAUAUGUUCACGGUCUUGGAAUCGUAUUGGAUGAAGGGUGGUAUACAAACUCUUUAAUCACCCUUCAGAAGUCUUCAUUGCCCUGGCUUCAUUAAGAGCCAAUAUAGACAGUAGUGGAAAUUAUUAUUAUUAAUAAUAAUAAUAAUAAUAAUAAUAAAUGAUUUAUUUAUACCCUGCCCAUCUGGCUGGGUCUCCCCAGCUACCCUGGGUGGCUUCCAACAAAGUAUUAAAAUACAGUGGUCUGUUAAACAUUAAAAGCUUCCCUAAACAGGGCUGCCUUCAGAUGUCUUCUAAAAGUCUGGUAGUUGUUCUUCUCUUUGACAUCUGGUGGGAGGGCGUUCCACAGGGCGGGUGCCAGUACCAGCAACUUGCAUCUGCAGUUUCCUCCAAAUAUAAUUGUUGUGGGAAAAGGAGCCACUAACAUAAAAUUGGCUUCACGAUCCUCAAUAAUUCAUUGAAUUCAGUGGCUUAAUCUAUCUGACCAGAACAUUCUGUAACCUAUAAAUUAUCUUAAUGCUUUCUGUUUUAGUGGAAGGUGUGUGCUCUAUAGCAAGUUCUGUGGGAAGAGAGUUAGCCCCCCAUGUCAAGAAGCAUGGAAGCAAACUGGUUCCAGAAUCCCUUAAGAAAGACAAAGAUGGAAAAUCUACUUUUGAUGGUGCUCUGGUUGUUGCAGCAAGUGGUGUUCAAGGUAGCAUGAAAAUAACGCUUCCACAAUGUGUGGUGCAAGUUUUUAUUGAACGUCGUUUGUUUGCUACCUUCCGGUUCCAAUACGCUAACUCUCCUUGCAGGGUUUUCAACAAUAUGGCACGGUUUGGAAAGCGCUGCAAAGUGUAUUGCUAAAAAUGUGUCUAAAGAAACGGUUCAGACUGUCAAGUACAAGUAAGUUAAUGUUUACUCUGCAAUAAAUUUUGGUGGUGCAUGAAUACUAGGGAGCCUACACUACAUGCGUCAAACAAAACUUGCUAAAAAAGUAAAAAUGCUUUGCUAUUGUUGGAACCAAACUAGGCACAAUGAUCACAGUUGCAUGUAUCUAAAAGUGGAACUUAACCAGUUACAUAGGCAGGGAGGAGCAAACAAGGAGGAGUGUACAGUAUAAGUGAAGGAGCCACCUUCACUUUCUUUCCCUGCAGAUCCUAUCCUCAACACAUACUUGCUGCUGCUGUGUAAAGGUCAAGCAAGUGCAGGUCACUUCUAGUUAAGGGGCAGCUGCACCCCUAAAUUGGAUUUUCAGUUCAUUUUAGGUUUUACCUAAUGCAGAGAGGGAUUGUUGCCAGGCCGAUUCCAUCUGAAUACUCAGUUGGAUGUAUUUCAGUUCUUGGAAUAUGAGUGGUGAUGAAAUUGUAAAGGGAAGCCUCUGUCUAUAUAAAUUAGGGUUGCCAUAUUUCAAAAAAUGAAAAUCUGAGCUUUUUUUUAAAGUUUUGCCCAAUUUUAUGUAAUUAUCUGAAACUGCAUAGAGUCUAAUUUUGGGUUGCUUUCUGAAGUUUGAGUCUUUUUUCUGGGCUAAGGAAAAAUGAAACAUAUGUACUAGCCCAUUAGUUCGCAAAAAAAUAAAAAUGUUUGCAAUCAACAUUGGAGCAAAAUGCAGUAGGGAAAUGUCAGGCUGCCAAUUAGACUUCUGAAAAUAAUUUCUGCUUUAUUUUACCUAUAAGGAUGCAAGGAUUUACUUGGUACUUACUCUGUAAUUCUCUUGGUUUGAAGCUCACCUAGUCUGUACUACAUUGCUUUCUGCCAAAAUAAUGGUAUAUCUCCAUGAAAUAUUUCUCCUUGGCAAGUUUGAAGAACCAUGUUCUGUUUGUACACUACUGUUUGUGUUAAUCUUUUGUUCUUAUUUUAGAUUUAAAAGUAGGGGAAAAGGAGAUGAGUCUUCAGUUGCCACUAAGAGUGAAAAGCAAUAAGUAACUUGCAGUUAUCUCCAACUAACUAACGAUUCAAGUAUUCACCCCAUCUCCUGUUUAUGUAAGAGUAUAAUAGAAAACACAUCCUAAUGAAAUAAGUAGACUUAUUCUUCCAAGACAAAAGACCACAUCAAAAAUCUGUAGCAUACAAGGGGAUUGUGGUUUACCGGUACUUUAAAACUUGUGCAGUGAACCCUAGUAGUAUUUUCAUUAGCAUGGCAGAUGCACCUCAUAUAUAUUAUCAUUUUUAUUGUGUUUCUCAUAAUAGGCAGCUUAUUUUUUUUUAAGUGUGUGUACACUCGUGUGAAGAAGAUUGGCAAUUUUAGGUCACCAUAAUGCAUACCUAGCAAAAUGAUCUUCAACCUGGAAGAACCCAACCCUCUGGGCAUUUAAAAGGGUCCAGAAAUCUUGCAAUGUUAAUUGUUCACUAACAAUAAAUAGCUGCACUAGAAUAUGAGAAACAAGCUCCAAAUGUAGAUCUGCAUUGCCGCAAAAUAUUUUAAGUUCUUGGCACUUUUUAUAUCCACCUGCAUUCAAUAAAUUUUUUUAUCAUGUAAACUCCUGCCCACUCUUGGUUCUGCAUAGUUUUGAGAUGGUGUGAAUACUCUUGUUCCUUUGGGCACAGCUUGAAUCAGUUUUGCUUUCUUCUAAUAUGGGUGUUUAUGGUUAAUGUCAUGGGGAAACUAACAAAAAUGAAAAUCUUUUGCUGUCCAAUUAAUUUUAUCAGAUUUGUUGUGUUCGGCAAAUAAUUCCAAGGCUGCUAUGCUGUCACAUUGUAAGAAAUAUAGUAUUAGAGAUUCUUUUCCGUUCAGUUUUAAUGUGUGUUCUGAAAUAGGCAGAUUACUACUGUGUAUUGAUUAUGCCAACAGCAAUCAAUGUUUCAAAGGGAGACUUCAGUAUUUUGGCUUUAAAAUUUAGUUGGCCACUCUAGUAGAUUAGCAAAGGAUAGCUUCAGCAUUUUUGUGUACUGUAUUGUUACUCUUUUGCAGCUAGUUAACAUGUAGGAUUUUAGCGUUUUAAGUAGUAGGUUGUAUUAUUGCCCUGUUUGGUUACUUUUUUUUAUAAUUGUUUGCAUUUUUUCAUAUGUAUCAGAAGUCCCCUUUGCAUAGUUUAUCCCAGAGUGGCAUGUGAAUAAAAUUUGACUUAAGCUCGGCAGGAUUCCUUCAUCAUCAAUCCCAGCUGAUAAAAUGUUUUCUCUCAAACAUCACUGGAAUGGGGUUGAAAUACCUGCUUAGUUCUUCUCAACCAGAGGGAAAGGUUAUCCUCAUAUAAUUGUGGAAAUUGAGUAACUAAAUAACAAGGGAAAUAGCUUUGGGCAGUCGUCAUUUACGCAUAUACUAAGAACUUGAAGAGUUCUUAGUAUAUGCGUUCUAUACUAAGAACGCAUAUACUAAGAAUGCAUAUACUAAGAACUUUGAGCGGUGUACAGGGCCACUCUCAACUGUUUUGUAAUUUCUGGUUGGGUUGGGAGAUUCUUAAUUUUUUUCAGGGCAAAAAUGUAGAUUUUCAGACUUAUUUUUACAAUAAAAUGUAUUAACUUAUUUUAAAAAUUCUUAACAUUUUAACAGCAGUACUUUAACUAUUGCAGGGAUAACCUAUUGAACCUGGAGCUUUUAAAUUUCUCUUUGUCACAGAGCACAUGGUAUAACAUGGUUUAGUUAGCAGCUUCAGCAAAAAAAAUUGUUUUAUGUGGUAAUUCUGGGGAGACGAAAGCUUUAUCUAUCUACCAAGUAUAAGCACAACUUUGGAAUUUGCGUUGAAGGCCAAGUAAAAACUGAAGCGAGAGACAAAAACUGGGACAGACUAGCAGCCCUAAAACAUUAAGAUUGUUUUCGCUAAUCAUCUUCUGUGCUUUGGGAAGUAUGCUGAUUUCAGGUUUUCCAAAUUAAAUUUAAGCAGCUACUUGGGAAUGAGGGCAUGCACACAAAGAUUAAACAACAAUCGUAGCAUUCGUGUACAAAUGAGGACACUCUAUUGACAUGCUCCUUAUUUGCAUUAAGGUACGGGGAUGAUGCGGGCCAUGCUACUGACAACGCAGUGAGUUCUGCUAUCAAUGUUGGUGUGGCAGCUUUCAAUAUCGACAACAUUGGAAUCAAAGCUAUAGUGAAGAAAACUGCAAAGGAGACAGGCCAUGCUGUGUUGGAUGAAUAUAAAAUCAUAGAAAAGAACGAGAAAAAAGAAGAUGGAUAUUGA